AUGGCUGCUGCCAUGCAGGGCAUGACUGCGGCGUUAGGAAACCAUGCCGGUAAUGGGAAUGGCGGUAGCGGAGAAAACGGACCGAUGACCUUAGCGACCUUCCUGAAGGUAAACCCACCCAUAUUUAGAGGAACGACGAACCCCACGGAGGCAGAUAAUUGGUUUCAGGCUAUGGAAAGAGCCUUGCAUGCGCAACAAGUGUCCGAGGAUCAACAGGUUGAAUUUGCCACUUAUCAGUUGGUGGGGGAAGCACAAUUCUGGUGGCAGGGGACUCGAUGUCUCCUACAACAAGGUGAUGCCGCGAUACCUUGGGAUGCUUUCCGACUUGAAUUCUAUAGGAAAUAUUUUCCUAACUCUGUCAGGACGGCAAAGGAGCUCGAGUUACUACAAUUAAAGUAG